UGCAAAAUAGCAGCUGAGGAAAGCAGAGGACAGAGAUCACAAGAACUGUGACACACAGACUUACUUAAAACCACUCCAGCAACUCACUCUCUCUCAGCGGGAAUCAUCGAUUGAAGCAGUGUGUCGCACCCUGUGGACUGCUGACUGGGCCCCAAGCUAGAAGACUGUGGAACCAACCGUGUGUGUGAGUGUGAGACCAACUACAACUUUGAAAUACACAGGAUUGUCCACCUAAAUCCUAGCAGAUAUUCCUAAGCGGUGAACCAGCGGUAACCAUGACGACUGCUGAGCCACCUAACAGACUGUUGCACCGAAAAAUCAAGGCCCAGUCGAAGUGCAUUGAGUCAGAUGAAAUCUCCAGUCAUGUUGGUGGCCAUAAUAAUGUAGAGGAAGACUAUCUAAGACACUGGCAGAAACAUGCACAGAAGGUGAAAGUGAAAGUCCUGGAGCAGGUCCAGGAUCAGCUCAGCGAUAUACUAGACAAAGCUCUGACUGAGUCCGUCCCACCUUUCACCCAAAUCCAGCCAGUUAAUGGAAAGAUGACACAAAAACCCUCAUCCAGAUCUCAGAGAAUGGAUGACGGCAAAGUGUUUAUGGACAGGCCAUCGAUGUUGGAUGAACUGUUUGAGAUCAGCCACAUCAGGACGAUCUACCACAUGUUCAUAGCCAUACUCCUCAUCUUCUGUAUGAGCACGCUGGCUGUCGACUACAUCGACCAGGGCAGGUUGGUCUUGGAGUUCGACCUGCUGUUCUUCGCCUUUGGGAAGCCGGGGACUGUCACCUGGGCCUGGGUUGUGAUGUUUGCCUACACCCUGUUUGUUCCUUACUACACCCUGGUGUUUUGGGGAUCUUUGUACCACAGCUUCCCCUCUAAGUUGGGGCUUUCUCUUGUCACGGGCUUGGUCCUUUCCGCAGUGCAGACCUUUAUACUGGGACUAUUCCCCAUCUACACCGUUGUGCACUACCAGCUCCCACCGGCCUCACGGUUCAUUGUGAUACUUGAGCAGAUUCGAUUCCUGAUGAAAAGCUACUCUCUAAUAAGAGAAACUGCUCCUGUUAUUAUGAAGAAUACACCAAAGGAAGGAGAAAGUCCCAGAUUCCCGACAUUUUCCAGCUAUGUCUACUUCCUCUUCUGUCCAACACUCAUUUACAGGGAAUCAUAUCCUCGGAAUUCCCACAUAAGAUGGAAGUAUGUUGGCGUCACACUUGGUAUGAUCUUGGGAUGCCUUUUUUAUGGCUACUUCAUCCUGGUCCGCCUUUGUGUGCCCAAUGCGACCAAUCAGCCUUUCAGUAAACGAACAAUGGUUCUGGCUGUGUUCAACUCAAUAUUACCAGGUAUAAUGCUCCUUCUGUUGUGCUUCUUUGCCUUCCUGCACUGCUGGCUCAACCUCUUCGCAGAGCUGCUGUGUUUUGCUGACAGAAUGUUCUACAAGGACUGGUGGAACUCCACAUCUUUCACCAACUAUUAUCGUACCUGGAACAUAGUGGUUCAUGACUGGCUCUUUUACUACGGAUACAGAGACUUCCUCUGGCUGUCGAAAAGGAAAUUCCGAACAGCUGCCAUGGUCUCCGUGUUCAUCGUCUCUGCUGUCGUCCACGAGUACGCCUUGGCAAUGGGCUUCGGCUUCUUUUAUCCAGUCAUGUUCUGUCUCUUUGCCAUCUUUGGAGUGGUGUUCAACUUUACCAUGAACGACAAGCGACAGAGCCCUGUGUUCAACGUCAUCAUGUGGGCGUGUCUCUUUCUCGGUCAGGGCGUCCAGGUGUGUCUGUACUGUCAGGAGUGGUAUGCCCAGAUACAAUGCCCUCGGACAGGGAAUACUUUCUUGGAGUUGGUGACACCUCGAUCGUGGUCCUGCAUAACAUAAAAGAGAGCAAGGAAGGACAACUUGAAAGACAUGUAAAUAUAUAAGGUUUUCUGGUCUUAGUGUGUAAAGGGUCAAGGUGUGACUGUCAUGUUUACCUUUAUGUUGUUGGUGUGGUAUCCAUCUGAACUAUUGAAAGUUUUUAUUUUUAUUGGUAGUAUUAAAUACUGUAUAAUAAUCCAGGCUGUGUAAAUGGCCUGUUUUUUGCUGCAGAUAGUAUACUGUAAGCAACACUUAGCUUCUUUAUUGACAAAGUCUUUAUCGAGUGCAAAGUUUUGAAAAAAAAGUGUCCAUGUUUUUGUGUACAGAGUAAACAAACGAGAUACAACAUGUUAAUCAAUGAGCUGGUAGGCAGAUUCUCGACCUUUGGACAGAGCCAGGCUAGCUCUGUUGCCAGUCUUUAUGCUAAGCUCAGUCAUAUACAAAAUAAUCUACAGGGGGAAAAUAUGUACUGUAUAUAUUUUUCACAAGUCAUAAUUUCCUUACCUUCCCAAAUGUUAUUCUUUAAAUUAUUUAAUGUAUUUAAUAUUACAAUAAUAAGCCCACAUGAACUAUACAUAUACAAUAACACAAUAAUUUAUUUUAGACUCUGGGAACAAAAUGUGUAAUUGCGUUUUUAUUUCUGCUAUAUUUAUAGUAAAGCUAGACAUGGUUACAAAACCUGAAAAAGGUGUUUCUUAUCGUGUUGUAGCAGCCUUGUGUCUUUUAUUUUGCCUUCUGUUAGUCGUAGAAAUUGUUGCACAGAAGACAGGUCAGUGACAACUUUGAGCAGGUUUUUCCACAUUGAGGACACCUGGCCUGCAGUGUGUGUGUGUGUUGCAUGUUUAAUCCUGCCUUGGUUGACAUUCAGCUGGCACAGAUUGGUUGGGAGAGCAGGUACAUUAACCAACCAACCACAGGCAGCUCAGCGUCUUAUCAAAGCCUCUGUUUGUCUGCCUGCCAUGUCCCUCUGAAGUCAUACAGGAAGAAGAGGAUUAACAUUGGUACAGCAUUUGCAUUAGUGAUGUAAUGCUCUGUAAACUGAUAUACUGUAAUACCAGAGGCACAUCAGGACUGGUAGUUUUAGAGGCAGUGUUAACACAACAUCAAUUGUGUCUACUUCUGACAGUCCAUCAAAUGUUAUGCUUGAAAAUAAAAUCUGCUUGAAAAUUUAAAAAA